GCGAUCAACGGCCACCUACUACGGCCUCAACAACAAGUUAUCGUACAACUUACCUAACUACAGUCCUUUCUACAACCUUCCCAACGGGUGUACCAACGAGUCUCCUCACAACCCUUUUCACGACGGAACAAAGUACAAGGCCAACCACAGAGAAGACGACAAUAGAAACGACAGUUAUCGGUACUACUGAAGGGACCACAGCCCUGACGACUAUUGACACUACGAAACAAACUACUCAACGAUCUACUGGAGUGACUACACAACUGACUACACGACCAACAACGAUAGUCACAACUGGACGAUCAACAAGACAAACUACGGCAUCAACAACAAGUCCCCCUACAUCACACCUAACUUCAGUCCAAACGACACCCUUCCCUAUAGAAACCACACAACGGACAACAAUGAGCACGGCUGUACAGACCACGAAACCAUCUACUCAAAUUUCAACACUUACUACUCGGACCACGGACAGUACAACUCAGAUGACAACAGAGCAGACCACGACUACAGGUAAGACAGUACAACCAACGCCAAAAACAACCACACAACAUAGAACACAACAAUCCACACACGUAUCAACCACAAUACAAACAUCACAUGCAACUGCUCAGAUGACUACCGAAUUAACUACACAGCCCACCACCGAGAAAACAACAUCACAAACAACAAGAUUAACAACCCAGAUGACUACCGACAAAACUACGCAAUCAACUACCAAGGGAACAACAGCACAAACAACUGAGAUUACUACCGAACUAAAUACACAGCCAACUACAGAGAAGACAACAUCACAAACAACAAAAUUAACAACCCAGAUUACUACCGACCAAACUACACAACCAACUACCAAGGAAACAACAGCGCAAACAACUAAAUUAACAACACAGAUUACUACCGACCAAACUACACAGCCAACCACCAAGAAAACAACAGCACAGACAACAAAAUUAAUAACCCAGAUGACUACCGACAAAACUACACAAUCAACUACCAAGGGAACAACAGGACAAACAACUGAGAUUACUACCGAACUAACUGCACAACCAACUACAGAGAAAACAACAUCACAAACAACUAAAUCAACAACUCAUAUUACUACCGACCAAACUACACAACCAACUACAGAGAAAACAACAUCACAAACAACAAAAUUAACAACCCAGAUGACUACUGGACAAACUACACAACCAACUACCAAGGAAACAGCAGGACAAACAACUCAGAUAACAACUCAGAUGACUACCGACAAAACUACUCUGCCAAUCACAGAGCAAACGACAUCACAAACAACCAAAUCAACGACUAAGAUGACUACCGACCAAACCUUACAGCCAACCACCGAGAAAACAACAUCACAAACAACAAAAUCAACAAUCCAGAUGACUACCGACCAAACCACACAACCAACAACUAAGGAAACAACAGCGCAAACAACACAGAUAACGACUGAUAUGACUACCGACUCAACCACACAACCAACAACUAAGGGAAACACCGGCACAAACAACACAGAUAACAACUGA